AUGGAGGAGCGGGAGCGGCGAGCGGUCCCGGGCAGGGCGGGGAGCCCCGGGAGCCCGCCCAACCCGCGGCUGGACGUCAGCUCGGACCUCUUCGACCCGCUGCUGGCCCUGUACUCGCCGCGCCUGCCGCCCAUCCCCUACCCCAACGCGCCCUGCUUCAACAACCUGGCCGAGUACGAGAGCUUCCUCCGGCUGGGCGGCCGGGGCCGGGGCCGGGGCCGGGCGCGGGGUCAGGCGGGUGCCGGGGCCGCGGGCGCCCCCGCCCCGGCCCCCGGCCCCGCCUCGUCCGCCUCCGGCUCGGCGCGCCCGACCUCCCGCCGCCGCGGAGCGCCCGCCCCGGACCCCGAGCGCAUCCAGCGGCUCCGCCGGCUCAUGGUGACCAAGGAGGAGGCGGACGCGGGGGCCACCGGCACGGGCAGCAGCGGCCGCCCCGUCCGCAGGAGGAAGGCGCCGCGCAACGUCCUCACCAGGAUGCCCCUGCAUGAGGGCAGCCCACUUGGUGAACUUCAUCGCUGCAUCAGAGAGGGGGUGAAGGUCAACGUUCAUAUUCGCACUUUCAAGGGGCUUAGAGGCGUCUGCACUGGCUUCCUGGUUGCAUUUGACAAGUUCUGGAAUAUGGCACUUACUGAUGUUGACGAGACUUACAGAAAACCAGUUCUGGGCAAAGCCUUUGAACGUGAGCCUCCUUUAACUCUCACCAGGCUGUUUGAUCGGCUCAAACUUCAGGAUUCCUCCAAAAAGGAAGCUGACUCCAGGUCAAUGGUUGAAGACUCUACAUUGUCUCGAUAUUCGCAGACAUCUACUUGGAAGAUGGCCACGGUGUGGGGGAGAGAUGAUGAGGAUCGGGGAUCACAAAAACGGUCCCGUUCAGCACCUUCUUCACUUCUGACAUCUGGAAAGGAAGUUUCAAGGUCUGACCUGUCAGGCAGGACUACACGGACAGAGGGCUCUAGUACAGGGGGUUCUAAUUCAAGGGGCCGGUCUCGUAAGAAAAGGCAGAAGCCCAAAGUGGAUUACCAGCAGGUAUUCACACGACACAUUAACCAGAUAUUUAUCCGAGGAGAGAAUGUCUUACUUGUCCACCUUGCCCAGUGAUCAGCUGAGCUUUGAGUAUUUUAUUUUUAGAAAUAAACCGCAUGAGUUGUAUUUGCACUGUGCUUCUUAGCACCUCAGUGAAAAGCUAAUUUGGAACGAUUCCCUCUGAUCUUGGACGUAGAGAGGAAGGAGCUGAGUCUAGGACCCUGUGGUAUAUCUGCUUGUCCACAGAGAUGGGGACAGCAUGCUACCACAUGAAGAAGACAGACCCUUUUUAGAAUGGGUGGUUGUUCAGAGGCAGAAGGCAUCAUUAUAAAAUAUAGGUCUAUUCAUUUAUACAUAGAUAUAAAUUAGAUUUGGUUUCAUGUGUUACUAUCAAUACUCUUGAGAUAAACUAGAAAAAUGAUGGCCUUUUUGACUCUACUAGAGUCAUGAUGUGUCUAUAACUCAUCAUAGACACCGCGGCACGGAAAGGGAAUCCAUUCUUACAAUGGUGUGCUAUCUGUGGCGAAUGUUCAUGGAAUUUCUUUUUAAGAUACAGUGGUAUGAAUUGGGCUGCCAUCGCCACACCCACCACUGCAUUUUACAUGGCACCAUUCAUCUUUCUAGACUUUCUCCUGAUCGGGGACUAGAAUUUACGAGCUUUAUUGAGCAUUCCUAACAUCCAUGGAACCCACCAACUUGUAUUAGUGUGGGAUUUAUACAGGUGGUAUGUUAUAAACACCCAGCAGUAAACCCACCAUAGUUGUCCCUGUUGUCGUUGUGAAUUCAGUAGCUUGAUUAAUAUGUUUACUGUCCUGAUGAAGUUAGUUUCUUCGUGUAGUGGACCAGAUGGGAAUUGUGUCCAGUCUUCUUGUCCUUUUCCUGUCUCUGACUUGUGUGGCAUGCUGUUGGUGCAUGAGCUGGUGUGGCAUGGCAUGUAGUGCAGUAUGAGUUAUCUUGUGAGCCAUGUGGCAUUUGUGGUGCCAUGCAAAUUGCUGUGCUUAAUUUAGCUGGAGUUCAGCAUGAACUCAGUAACAUAGACAUAUCUUAACUUCUAGAACUCCCUCUCCUGGAGCGGGGAACAAAGGGUGCUUUCUAGCUUGGUUCUAAUGUAAAAUGGGGAGAUUGUUUUCCCCUCCUAUCUGGCCAAAGAGGCUUUGCAAGCUAUGAUGAUAGGUAGCGUCCAUGUAAGGGGGACGUUGUAGCCUGAGAUAGGGUACGUGCAAUGACAACACCAUAGAAAUGUGGCUUGCAGCAAACCUGUUGUGCUUCUACUGUGAUGGUUCUUUGCUCUUUAACUCAGCUAGUGCAGAACAGGCUACAUCCUGAAGCAGACUGUUAGGCAAUACCCGACUGUUUUUGGGUUGACUGUUUUCUUUUCUUUCUUUUUUUCCUACAGCAAGAGUUAGCUUUUGUGCAGAAUGAGAAUGGUUAGUUGCUCAAGUAUAUGGAAGAAAAAGUGCUGUGUAACUUGUGGCAGAAAUCCUUAGAGAAGGAGGGGGAGCUCAGGUAUAGAAAGCUGACUUAGGUCAUGCUGCUUUUUCAUCUUGGGACUGUAGGUAAGUCAGUAUAACCCCUUGCUGCCUCAGUUUUCCCCAUCAGUCAAAUGGGGAGAUAAGACACCUACCUCACAGGGGUAUUGGAAGAACCUGAAAAGCAUUUUGAAGACAAAGUGUGUUAUUUAAGUGCCAGGUAUGGACUUACUAAUUCUUCCCUAGCUUUUUAAGGCUUCAUUAUCUUGUGGUCAAGGCAGGUGCUAUAUAAGAUAGUCAGUAUCUGUCAUUAGGGACAGAGGUGGUCUUCCCACAAUUUUGAAACCAAAAGACUAUCAGGUUCUUCGAAAAGUAUGUGUUCCAUUCCCAACUUCUAAGGAGUAAUUGUAUUCCUUAGGAAAAUACCACAAAUGUGAAGACAUUGCCAGUUCGGGAAUCAUUAGCUCCUUAUCCUUCCCCAUUAUUUGUCUUUUCCUUUGGUAUUUACAAAGAAUCUGCCCUGUACUAUCCUAGGGAGCUAUAGUGCCAACAAGAGAACAAGUCCCUAAAAGUGCCUCGCCUUCAAAGGGAAACUCACGGGGAGCAUUUUAUUUUCAUUUUUAAAUAAUUUUUAAAAAUCUGCUUCUAGCACCUAAUUAUAGAUACUAGAGUUAGAAAAGUGUACAACAGUCAAUGAAAAUCACCUUUGAAACUUGACAGAAAGAGUGGGUUCAGUGUUGUGAUCCUUAAAACAUUUUUCCAGUAGAGUUAGUCUUCAAAAAUUGUGUUGGGGAAGGUAUAUGUGGGAAGAUGGGCAUCAGCCCCACCUAACAGUAUUGCCAUUUUAGCUCUCCCCACCUCUGCUCCCAGGCUAACAACUAUAGUGAAUGCUCACUUUCCCAGAAAAACAUAUCCUUGGAAAAUGACCAAAGAGACUUAGGAAAAUCAUGCUUAAUUUUCACUAGUCAUGCUGACUGAUUUCCACUAGACAUAGCCUAAUGUUUUAAAAAUGGUAGAUAAUUUCAUGGUUACAUCUCAAGUGUGCAGGUUACUCCUUGUGUGCAGGAGCUCACCACUUUUCCAUCCAGUUUCAGAACCCUAUUCAUCUAACUGGUUUUUAUAAGUUGUAUAUGAUUUAUCAUACUUGAUCAUAUACAUCAUGACUGUCUUCUUGGUUGUGGUUUCAGUGUUGAUUCUGCAAUAAUUACUGUCUAGUAAAAAACAUUACAAAAUGGUAUUAUGUUGAAAAUUUAAUAGGACAGUCUUUUUAAAAUAACUCAUCUACACUGGUUGGAAAAGAAAAACAAUAUUUUCUCCUUAUUCCUAAAGAAAUAUUUUAAAAGGGAAAAAAAUCACUCCUUAGGCAUUCAUCUGUUGCUCAAAGAUAUAAUCUUUGAAAACAUGAUGGUUGCAAUAAAUGUAGCUAAAGCCAUAACCAUCAGAAUGAGGGAAAAGGUAAGGAAGGGGAAAAUAAGAUUCUUAGAAGCAUCCAGCCUGAUCCAUCUAAUAAAAAGACUUUAAAACAAUAUAGCCUAUAUGUAGUGAACCUGGUUCAGAUGGAGGGUAUCAUGUUAUUUGGCAAAAUGACCAUUGUGUGUAAUAAAUCAUUUAAAUAUUUCAAGAGCUGAAACUUCUUUGGAUUAGCUGAAGUCUCUUAUUGAUUGUUAGAGUAGGUAGGAAGGAAAAUAGGUAGUUUCACGUGUUUACCAAAUUAAUUUCAGGAGCCAUCCUGUGCAUACAGAGUUGUUACCCGUCAUUAAAAGGACAUGCACUUUAUUUUUUCCAAUAGUAGGGACAGAUUGCUGCUGAAUUAUCUGGACCUUUUUUUACCCUUUCUGCCUUUUGGACAAAGGUGCAAUCUAGUUGGCCAGGAGUUAGCAGUGGGUAUAACUUAAGACUCUGAAUACUAUUUUAUGCCCAGGUUGUAUGGAUCAAAUCAGAACAAUAAAUUAGCACAACUGAAAGCUUGAAGCAUAGCUGGGGCUGGGUCCCAGUUAAUGCAAAUGAGCCCCACUAAAAGGGUCAUCACAUUCAAAUUUGCACUCUCUAUUUCCAGUGGACUAGAAUUAUUAUUUUAAAUAAUUUUAACUUCAAAUGUUGUGAAUUCAGAUACAUUCAACUCCUUCAGGGGAUUCAUCGUUUGCACUAAUUGAGACCUUGUACAGAAAUUGUUGCCAUGAAAAGUCAGGCAGCCGUAAGUGUGCACCUAUCUAGACAGAACUGUGCAGAAUUCACGUGGGCCUGGUCUAUUCCUAUCUUUCUAGAAAAGUCUAAGUCUGUGGUGAAUAUUAAUGGGUUUUUUUGAGCUGCUCUUAAUACUAGCUGCCAAUGGAAAAUCAUAGAUUGGACUAUAUUUUGUGAAUUGUUUCUACCAGUCAUAUUCACCAAAUGUUUGCCACGUAGGAAAGAAGGCAUCCAAAGACAUUCAGCCAUUUACUGGUGCUACCCCCAAACUUUUUUUUUUUAAAGGCAAAUUCUGUAAUGAUACAACUCUUGGUACAGGAAUAAUAGUGACCUCUAAAUACAUAAUCUUUGGAAUUUCUUAUUUCACAGUAGGUCAGGUGCAGAGUUCAGUGGAAUCCUUUUAAACGAUAAGGUUUUAAUCAUUUAAUCUCUUUGUCUCACAGUCACAUACACAGUCAGUACUUAGUAAGUAUUUGUUCAAGAAGUGACUAUAGAGUGAUCUCCAGAAGGUUCCAAGCAAGGAAAGCCUGGCCUACCUAGCUGAUGUUGGAAAAACCGGCUGAAUUAUGGAUUAUGAAUUAAGGGAAAACCUUUCUUUUCUGGCAAAUUGAUUUAUUACUGGACAGUAAGACUAGAGAGUUCUGGUCAAAAUUCCAGGGGCACAGAAGGAAGAGGAAGGUUAAGGUUCCUUUGCCCCUUAUGCUUGAGUCCUUUUGGACAUGUCUGGAAGAGCUCUUUUUCCCAGCUAGUAGAAACAGAUUUAUGUCAAACAGCAGCUUAAAGAUGGUUCAGGAGAUCUAGGGGAGAAAAAUAAGUGUACCAGAGACCUUCAGUUUAGCAGGUAUUCACAUAGAAUGAAGAAUCAUUUGACCAGCUUAUGUAAAGGCAGGUAGUUGGCUUUUUUUUUUUUUUAAUCCCUUCUGAAAAGAUGGGAAUUGUCUCUCAGGAAAGAUAUGAAAGUCAGUCCCACUACUUUUGCACUUGCUUUUGAUUUUCAUAGCUUUGGAAGGAAAUGCAACUACAGCUAAUGUUAUCAUCCUGUUAUAUCUGGGGAAAAUAUUUAACUUUUUUAAAGGGCAUUAUUUAAGUUAGGGCUGACUGCCUGAUUCUCAAGUGUUCUAGUCCCAGAGGCACCCUCUGGGCUAGGACCCAUUAUCUAGUUGUCAUGACAGUAAAGCAAACAGCAGAUGAUGUUGGGAAAAGUAGGUUAUUUACCUUCUAGACCUGUCUCAAGGACCCUUCUCAUUGGUAUCUUAUCCCCCAAGGGUUUUGUGGAUAUAUAUCUACACCCUGACUUAUUACUCUUUUUCUAGAAAAAACUAAACUGGGGUGAACAUAGGCAUUUCUAUUUGCACUAUUCAGAUACCAGCUAUAAUGGGAAAAACCAUGAGUUGCAAUCUAUUUUGUAAAUUGCUUCUAACUGUCAAGUUCACCCAAACAGUUGCUCUUUAGGGACGAAUUGCUGCUAAGAACCUUAAUGUGAAUCUGCAAUGUUCUGCUUUAGUUAUAAGUACUGUUACAUGAAGUCUGGAAACUGCAAUAAAUAUGAUUUUAAUAACA